GUUUUCUCCAAAGUCGGAACGGUGAAGAGCUGUACUGUUUCCAAGAAAAAGAACAAAGCAGGUGUUUUGCUGUCCAUGGGGUUUGGUUUUGUGGAGUACAGGAAGCCAGAGCAGGCCCAGAAAGCCCUCAGACAGCUCCAGGGCUGCAUGGUGGACGACCACAAGCUAGAAGUGAAGAUUUCUGAGAGGGCCGUCAAGCCAGUUGUGACGUCAGCUCGGCAGAAACAGACAGCCCGCAAGCAGAAGACGUCUAAGAUCUUAGUCCGGAACAUCCCAUUCCAAGCCAACGUGCGGGAAAUCCGAGAGCUGUUCAGGAUGUUUGGUGCCCUUGACCUCUCCCCUUGUGAUCUCCGAGUCAUGGCCCACAGCCUUGGGCAGAAGGAGGUGCUGCUUCCUUGUCUCCAGAAGGCCCCUGAUGCAGUGUACACUUCCUGGGAAGGGUCCAGCCUCCUAGAGCUCGCGUACUAA